AUGUCGAGUCAGAAUGUGGACAUGGCCGUAGACGAACCUGCACACUGGCCCGAACCUCCAUUACCUCCGCCUGCUCGUUCAUAUUCUGUACCGCUCUACGAGCCUGACUUGACAGUUGGAUAUGUCUAUUCCGCUGAAAUGACCAACCACUAUGAUUCCAAGGAACAUCCAGAAGAUCCUAAACGGAUAACAAGUAUUUGGAGGGCAAUAAUCAAGGCAGAAUACCAUCAAAGAAUGAAAUGCAUACCGAUACGCCCCGUAAAAAGACACGAAGCGCUUCUGGUACAUAGUGAGGACCAUUGGGAUAAGGUAUUAGCAAUCGAACACAUGACUCCACAACAGAUAGUCGAUUCUAGCGAAUAUUACGAACAGCUUUCUUUAUAUGUUAUGCAAGGAACAACUCGCGCCGCUUGCCUUAGUUGCGGAGGCGCGAUAGAGGCCUGUCUGGCCGUUGCCCGUGGAGAAUUGCAGAAGACGUUCGCUAUCAUACGACCUCCAGGUCAUCAUGCAGAGCCGGACGAGCAUAUGGGAUUUUGCCUCUUCAACAAUGUUGCGGUGGGAGCUCGAGUCGUACAGCAGAGUACAGACAUCAAAAGAAUUUUGAUAGUCGACUGGGACGUGCAUCACGGGAACGGUACACAAAAGGCUUUCAAUGAUGACCCGUCUAUCCUAUACAUAUCUCUCCAUCGUUAUGAAGGAGGAACAUUCUAUCCAUGUGGCCCGUUCGGUGGCUUGCAGUCUUGCGGUGAAGGACCUGGACUUGGAUAUUCAGUCAACAUCCCGUGGUCUGAGAAGGGUAUGGGAGAUGCCGAUUACAUACAUGCCUUUCAAAAGGUUGUGAUGCCUAUCGCGAUGGAGUUCGCGCCAGAGUUAGUUAUCAUCUCCGCUGGUUUUGACUCAGCACUUGGCGAAGAACUCGGAGAAUGUCAUGUCACCCCGACAGGCUAUGCGCACAUGACCCAUAUGCUUUCUGGUUUGGCUGGCGGAAGGCUGGUUGUUGCACUGGAGGGUGGUUACAACGUCGAAGUUACGACUAAGUCUGCAAUGGCAGUCUUGAAAGUCAUUUUAGGAGAACCGCCUGAUGAACUGCCCCCUCUGGUUGCCAGUGAAUCAGCUACUGAAGUCGUUUGGCUUGCCGCAAAGGAACAAAGCAAGCACUGGAGGAGUGUCGAUCCCAAGCUUUGCGAACCACGCGAAGAGGUCGAACCGAUCACAUUUUCCAUACCGGAGAUCCUCAAAGCCCACCGACAAUAUUAUCUUCAAUCCGUCCAUAACAUGAUGACGGUUCCCCUCUUGGGUGAUGAGCUUAACAAGAAGCUGUCCAGCCAAAUUAUGUGCACCCAUGAUUUGUUCGAGAAUGAUACCAUGGUCGUGUUCGCACAUGAAUUGUGGGAUCCCCUAUCUCUUUCUGAUUAG